AUGUACCCGUACUUCACGUUCGACUCAAGAUGGUUUAUCACGAUUAGCCAAUCGACCAGCCAACUCUUCAGCGCCAUCGUCGAUUGGCCGAUCCUUUCAACAUGCCUCCUAGGCCAGAACGAUACGAAAAAUUGGCCUACGUGCGUCUGGCACCGGGUUCUUCCUUCGAAUUUCCUGAUUUGUUCAAGGCAAAGCGUCCUUCUGAAUAUGCUGAAGCCUCCGGGGAUCUAG